AACAGGUCAGACCAGUCAUGCAGUGAUGGACUCCUCCCCGGAUAACAACCAUUAUAAAUUAAGUUUCACAACUGCUAGUUUACAAGAGGACCUCAAGACCUAAGUGAUGUUUGGAUUGGCAGCUUUGUGGUUCCUGCUUCUGCAGACUGGAGCUUUCGGGUUUGAUAUAUACUUUUUCGGUGUAGGCCUUUGGUCCAGCUCUUCAGAAACUCAUGAGGACAUCACUCAGAGAGCCAUCCUCAAUGCCACCGUGCAGGCGUGUCGCGCUCUGGCCCGGGCGGAGGGCAAAGACUUCACUUUCCCUCCUUUGACUGCCGAGUCUGUUGUUGCCUGUGAAGCGUCAAAAUCAUCCAAGAGCUUCAGCAAAGCUAUCAAAUUAAUCCAAAAAAAGAAUCGACAAACAGAUGAACGUUAUUUCUAUUCAGCACCUCAUCACUUUGACGAUGAACAGUUCUUGGAGGGGAGGAGACUCAUCACAGAAGGAUUGUCCGUUGUGAAGGCCAGCAACAAGCGUGAAAACUUUGAGGCAGCAAGAGAGAAACUGGGGAGAAUCUUACACACUUUACAGGAUUUCUACAGUCAUAGUAACUGGGUGGAAAUGGGAAACAAACUCCCAAACUCUAACCUGUUCAGGGAAGGGACCAGCAUCGGAAACAUAGCAGCCAAAGACAGAGCAACCUGUCGCAACUGUGACGGCAAGGACUGCAGGAACAACAUUUUGGAAGAUAUCCUACAGGAAAAAAUACUUAUUUCGGGAUAUUUUGCUUUAAACUUGCCUUUAAUUAGUUCUUCCAAACCAGAAGGAAAGUGCAGCCAUGGAGGUUAUUGGGAUAAAACACGCAAGACUGAACCUAAAGGUGGGAUUAACAAAGACAAAGUUGGCUCCGACCAUGGACACCUCCACAUGACAGCAGCAAAUAUGGCUGUAGCUGCCACCAGUGAGCUACUGGAGGACAUUCGAUGGGCUGCUGGGGACAAAACCUUCCUCCAGUUGAUGGGAAUCAACAAAGGAUCCAGUAAAGCUCUUUGUUUUGUGAUCGACACGACAGGAAGCAUGAGCGAUGACAUCGAUGCAGUGCGGGCCGUCACUUCCUCUAUAAUCAACAGUAAAGUGGGAACAAAAGAUGAGCCCUCACUCUACAUUCUUGUUCCUUUCAACGAUCCAGAUUUUGGGCCACUGCUGAAGACUACAGACCCAAAUGUCUUCAAGAAUGCGAUUAAUUCACUAAGAGCAGAAGGAGGAGGAGAUAGUCCAGAAAUGAGUCUUUCAGGGCUUCAGCUGGCUUUAACUGGGGCUCCUCCUGAGUCUGAGAUCUUCCUCUUCACGGAUGCUCCUGCUAAAGACACACACCUGAAAAGCACAGUGAUCGCACUCAUAGAGCGCACCAAGUCUGUGGUGAACUUCAUGACAACUAAAGUACUGCGAUCCCGUCGGGACAGCAGGGUCUCAGACGCCGCGCUGUACAGAGACCUGGCUCAGGUGUCAGGGGGUCUGGCUAUAGAAGUGACCAAGGCUGAGCUCCCUGCGGCCACCAGCAUCAUCACACAGUCCUCCACCUCCUCUCUGGUGACUCUUCUACAAGCAAACAGAAAUCCAGGGAAGGCAGACAAUUUCACCUUCUCAGUUGAUGAGUCAGUACGAAACGUCACAGUUUACAUCACCGGGACCUCCACCACCUUUACUCUCACAAAUCCCUCAGGUGUGUCUCAGGAAAGCACAAACAACAGAGGACCGUUGAUCACUGCCUCCCAGUCAGUGGGAAACUUCCAGACUCUGCAGCUAGAAGCUGAAACUGGACUUUGGGAAAUAAAGUUUGUGUCAACAAAUCCAUACAUUCUGAAGGUUGUAGGUGUGAGUGCCAUUGACUUCCUGUUUGACUUUUUGGAGGUAUCGCAGGGUCCACUUGGAGGUCUUGAGAUUAUAGACAAUCGUCCAAGAGCUGGUGUCAAUGGUAGCCUCCUGGUGACAGUAACAGGGAGCGACACCGCCGUGGUGACAGAAGUCAUAUUGGUCGAAUCGUCCGGGUUAAGGCAGGUUAUUGGCAGCGUGGAGGCUAAGGGUGGAGGAAACUACUUGGCUCGGUUCGAUAGGAUACCAGCAGAGGAGUUUGUGGUGCUCGUCAAGGGGCAGAACAACAAUGGUUCCUCCAGAGCGAUUUUAGUGGGCUUCCAGAGGCAGUCCACCACCAGCAUCAGAGCCUCUACUGUCACCGUUAGAUCUCCUGAUACAGCUGGUGUCUUGGAACCAGGAACGCCGCUCUCUGUUUCCUUCUCUGUGGCGACAAGCGGAGCAGGAGGAACCUUCAGCAUCCAAGCUACGAACGACCAAAAUUUCGAUUCAUCUUUCUCGUCCAGUUUAAUCGUGGAAACUGGAAGCACUGCUAACGGGGCAGUGAACAUCACGGCCCCCUCCAACACCCCCUCUGGCACCGACGUCACUCUGACCAUUGAGGCCGAGGCUCCAGGAGGCGCCGGCGCCAAUUAUGUUGUGCUGCGUUUCACCGUCCUCACACCGGUGACUGAUUUCGCUCCGCCGGUGUGUCAGAAUGUCAGCCUGCAGGCCAACUGCUCCGAUUCCUGCAGCUUGUCGAUGUGGGAGCUCUCUGUCCAGGUGACUGAUGGGGAAGGAGGGUCCGGCGUUGACCGCGUUAGUCUCAGACAGGGCAACGGGACUUUGAACACCAGCCUGGCUGCUGGAAACAUAACGAUGGUUUCAUACGAUGCUUCUUGCUGUUCGCCGGAUGUGGAGCUAGUGGUUGUGGAUGAAGUGGGUAAUGUGGCCACCUGUUUCUACAGCAUCACAAGAACCGUGGUCGUCACAGCAACCACCCAAAGCCCAAAGGUUCCGACAGCAGCCCCUGUUGUGUCUUUGUCCUCCAGAGCGGUGCCCUCUUUCCUGCUUUGCUUUUGCAUCACCAUCCUGGGGCUUAAUUUGCCAUUUUAAAUGGGGAUCAACUGAUCAUUAACUUGUUUCGAGGGGGAAGGGUCUUACUUUAAAAUGUUCUUCUGGCUUCGAAAAAUCAACUAUAAACUUGGGUGAUGUGCUGUAAAACUACUUUAUGAAAAUUAAACUACAUAACGCAUGUGCUGUAUGUAUUAUAGGAUCUUGGUGUCAAAAACCUUCUUUAAAAGCUUAAUGGGGUUGUGAAUGAUUCAGCCAUAUGAACAUGUAAAUGUUAUUAUUUUACCUAAAUCAAGGAGAAUUUGUUUAUAAUGUGAGUACUACUGCUGAUAUUGAGAUUUAGUAUGGUAUUGUUGAUUUAAUGAUUGCUUUUAUUUGAUUAAUAACAUCAGUUUUAUAUAUAUAUAUAUUAUAUAAGUAAAGUGUUGCUUUUAAACAGCUGAUUAAAAAAUAUCAAGGAUGAUACAAUAAAACAAAAAAAGUGAUGUUGA